CCGUACUCCAAAACUGGAAAUGUCGUAAUUGAGUCACUUUCCCUUCUUAGCCUAGCGGGAAUUUUUUCUCUUCCUGAUCAGCGCCCCAAGUCGACAAACAAGGGCAGAAAUGGCCACUUCAAACAGCAAAGGAAAAGUCACUAUUAUUGGCAGUGGGUUAAUAGGAAGAUCUUGGUCUGUGAUUUUCUCCAGUGCUGGUUUCACUGUUGCUCUUUAUGAUACAGUAGCCAGUCAACUGACUAAUGCAUUGACAAGUAUUGAGUCCCAGCUGCGUGAUAUGGAGAUGAAAGGCUUGAUGCGUAGUCCAGGCAUGACAGCUCAGGAGGCAUUUAAGUUAGUUACCAGUUAUGAUGACCUUGUAAAGGCAUUGGAUGGAGCUAUGUACGUCCAGAUUAACCCUCCAUACUAUGUACCAUUGGUAGAAGUUGUUCCAGCACCUUGGACAGACAGUAAAAUAACAAACCAGACAGUUGCUCUAAUGAAACAGAUUGGCCAGUCACCUGUUGUAACCAAGAAAGAAGUGAAUGGAUUUGUUUUGAAUCGUCUACAGUAUGCUGUCAUCAUGGAGUCUUGGAGAUUGGUAGAGGAUGGCAUUUGUUCGCCUGAAGAUAUCGAGACCGCAGUGACAGAAGGUCUUGGACUGCGUUACGCUAUGAUUGGCCCAUUUGAAACCAUGCAUCUAAAUGCCAAUGGAAUCAGAGAUUACUGUGAAAGAUACGGAGAAAAUAUUGUGCGUGUUUGCGAAGAAGAAGGAGGACCGCGGAAAAUAGCUGGUGAUACGUUGGACAAGAUUGAAAAGGUGUUUAAUGAAAGCAUUCCUUUAGAUCAACUAAAUGAAAGAAGGAAUUUACGAGACAAGAGACUAGCAGCACUGGCUCAGCACAAACAUCAAGAGAAAAGUGAGAGCGGUGCCAUGUGACGCUUCUAGACCUGACUAGCGUUACAAAAUCAGAAUUUUUCUUGUCAAGCAAACUACUUUCCUGAAAAUCGUUCUUCCUGAAGUUGGAAUGAUUUUAUUCAAUAGCCGAGAUUUUUUUUAAGUGAUUCUAUUUUCCUUUUUCGCGACCUGUCAUUGUUUGAGAUUCACAAUGAUUUAUGAAAAACUCAUAAAUCGAAUUAGUGCUUAGGGUACUUUGUGCAUUUUGUAAUGAUAAGUCGAUUUUGUUUUACCGAUAUGGGGAGGGUCACUGAGUCGUCUCGGACAGAAUUAUUUACGAAAAGCUGUUAGAAAAAUGAAAAGUUUUAACAAUGAUUAUUGUUGCGAAAUCCCAUCCUUUCUUUCCAACUUCUUUGCUCACAUUUGCGCACGCUAAGAUCGUCAGCUUAGCUUGCAUGGCAUUACAGUGCAUAGCAAAGAACGUAAUGCAGUUUGUUCAAAAACCUACUUUUCCUUUCGUCAUUGGCUGGGGUGGACUAGGUAAAAAACACACAUGGGAAGGAAUUAAAGAUCGCACCGUGAAAGAAAGGGAAAAAAGGAAAAGGAAAUGAAAAGAAAGCAAAUAUAAAGAAAACAUUUACUGUGCUUUCGGCACACUAAAUUUUUAGGGAA